AUGGAGCAGCGAGGCUGUAAAUGCACUGUGCGAGGUUCAAUCAACCACGACGAGUACUUUCAUGUUGAAAGGAUCGUAAGACCUGGAGAGACGAUAUCUUCAAAGACGCACGAAAGCCAGGUGGGCGGGAAGGGAGCAAACCAGGCCGUAGCCAUCGUCAGAGCUGGAGGAAUUGCUUACUUCUAUGGAACGGUCGGCAGAGAUGGAACUUGGGUAACGGAUAAAAUGAAGCACUAUGGGAUAGAUGUCGGAGGAAUCAUCGUUUCAGACGAUCCUACGGGCCGUGCCAUUAUCCAAGUUGCCGCAGACGGAGAAAAUAGUAUCGAAUCUCCAGGUUAUUUCCCAGAGACGAGCCAUCUCCUCCUUCAAAACGAAAUACAUCCCCGAUCGAUGGCGUAUGCGCUUGACAAUGCAAGGAACGCGACCAUUAUUUACAACCCUUCUCCCCUACCUUCUGAUCAGGAGCUCAGCCGCUUUCCCUGGAAUAAAAUCGACUGGUUAAUUGUAAACGAGGCGGAGGCUGCAGGUAUAUGUCGAUCUCUGAACAGAUCGAGGGCAAACACAACAGCAAACAUGUCGACGCGCGAACUUGUCUUCCUACUGUCGGCUCAUCCCUCGUUUGCAACCACCAACAUCAUUUGCACCCUUGGUGGGGAUGGUGUCCUUGCUUUUAUUCCUACCUUUCAUCGUCCGAAGACUGCUCACGAGGCGCCGUCCUUCAUGCAUCUCCAAGCGGCUAAACUGCAAGGAGAAAUCCGAGAUACGACUGGGGCAGGGGAUUGCUUUACAGGUUAUUUCGUGCAAGGUCUGAUGGAGUUUGGUCCGUACGCAAAGGUGGGGAAAACUAUUCGUGAACAAGAAAUCGCUAGGAUUCUGAAAAUGAGUGUUUAUGCUGCGGGGAUGUGUGUUGAGAAAAUGGGAACGAUUGAAAGUAUACCAACACGGGCCCAGGUAGAAGCUCGGAUGUCCGCCUCUCCUUAGGGACAACCCUAGUAAUAUUGAUUUGAUACUGCCCAGCACUCGGUUUGGAUCGGAGGGAGAGAAAUGUUGGAGAAACAGUGUGGACAAUAUUCUAUUGGCUUUUCAAAGACUGUAGCAUGAUAGCGUUGUGAAAGCUCCUUAAACAUCCUGUUGGUUGACCACAACUUGAAAUUGAUGUAUGCACAGAUC